AUGGGGCAAUCUAACAACACAAAGCAGCCUAAGCUUAAAAGCGAUAGCAUUCCUAACUAUGAGGAUAAUGCUCCAGAGUCUACAAACAUCGAGGACCUCAUUAAAGGAGGUCGCUAUAAAGUUGCGUCCAAGGAAACCCUCGAUAUGAUGACCGCCAUUCAACAAGGUCCAAAGGAUGAGAACAAGAUUUACCCUGAUUCUGACAUCAAGGACCUUAAGCAGUAUAUCAUUGAACAGGAAGGUCUUAGUAUUGGCCAGGCGAGAAGAAAGGCACUUUCACAACAAUGGCGUUUUUUCUUGUCGUGCGAGCCUGUGCAACGUGGUCUGGACGCUGGGAUUAUAGCCGGUAGCUUUGCUGCAGCUGUUGUAGCGUUCAAGAGUCCCAAGAAUCGCAUUCCAGCUAAAAUUGGGCUCGCGUUUACUUUUGGAUUUUGUGUAGGUCUUAUUACUGUACCUAUGAUGGUUAUUGCAGCUGAAGGAUACAACGCAAAGAGGAUCAAGACGUUGGAAAAGGAGCUGUUCUCAAAGCAACGGGAUGAAUUCUACAGCAAAGGUAGAAAUGAAUUGUGA